AUGCCGUUCUGUCAAGCUACAUUGGCAGGUCUCAGUCCGUCAGAGAAGGAGCAAGUCAUGAACAUGUACACGUCUACCCAGUGUCCAACCACAGCCCAAAAUUUCGCUUGGUCGCUGCUCGGCCACAAGAGAAAGCACAAUGACUCCGAAGACAAUCAUUCUACCAUCGAGGAAUCAACCACCGAACUCGGACCAGCGUUGCUUACCACAAGACUCCGAAAGCGCGCCCGAGUCUCUUACCUGGAAGUCGCCGAGUCCGACAUCGAAAGCGACGCAGACUCAGGCUACAAUUCUGAUUCCUCUGCCGAAUGGGGCUCUCACUCUAAAAGACAACCCAAGGCCAACCGACUGCGCAAAAAAGACCCAGUCAAGCCCUUCCCUUUCCUGUCUCUACCCAGCGAACUACGCAAUAAAAUCUACUCUCUGGCACUCGAGGACCCUGAUGGCAUGGUAAUGGGCGAAGGCUGGCGAGCCCAUCGCCGCGUUCCCAAACGCUGCCAACACAAUAGAUAUGGCGCAGAUCGCUACGCAGGACUCAACAACCUCUGUCAUUCAAUGUUAGCACACUCUGAUGUGUACAAGCCAUUAACUCUGGUGCCAUCUCUGCUGGCCACGAACAAGCAAAUCUAUGCCGAAGCUGCAGCGAUGCUCUACUCCCAACCUCUGCAUUUCACCUGCACGACAGCCCUCCACAGUUUUCUCGCACCUUUGAGCAACACCACCGCAUCUCUGAUCACCAGCAUAAUCCUCCACUCCUACGAGACCUGGGGCCGCGGCGUCCGCAAAGCAAUGAAUGUGUCCGCAUUGACUCUCCUCCCCAAAUGCGUCAACCUCACACUCCUACGCAUCGAAGGUUUCGGUCACCACCAUUACAACAGAGGAAGCUGGAACACUCCUACCGUGCAGCAGAGAGGUGAGCAUGAAGGAAAAGGCAUAGCACAGCAAAUGUAUCGUGACGCCGCCUUCUGGUUCGAUAUCAUCGGUGCCGAAAAGGCAUUGCAAGUGUUGGAAAUUGCAGGUCUGCAGAGAAAGACAUGCAGUGAUGAUGCCAAGGAGACGUUGAGGAUUGCAAACGAGGUGUUUGCGCAGGAGUUGACUUUGUUGGUGAAGAGGGCAGGUAGGAGUGUGAAGAAGGGAAGGAAGACUACGACUGUUCGUACCAGCGUCUGA